CCGCUCCCACCCGUCCUUCCCACCAUGCGGAGGCUGCUGAUUUUGAGUGUGCUGCUGGAGGCAGUCUUGGGCAAUGAGAACUUUGUGGGGCACCAGGUUCUCCGAGUCUCUGCAGCCGAUGAGGCCCAGGUGCAGAAAGUGAAGGAGCUGGAGGACCUGGAGCAUUUGCAGCUGGACUUCUGGAGGGACCCUGCCCGGGCUGGUGACCCCAUCGAUGUCCGAGUGCCCUUCCCCAGCCUCCAGUCUGUCAAAGCGUUCUUGGAAUAUCACGAUAUUAGCUAUGAGAUCAUGAUUGAAGAUGUACAGUUACUGCUGGACGAGGAACAGGAAGAGAUGUCUGCAGUGGCCAGGACCAGGACCCUGUCCACGGACACCUUCAGUUAUGCCACCUAUCACAGCCUGGACGAGAUCUAUGAAUUCAUGGACCUCCUGGUGGCAGAGCACCCACAGCUUGUAAGCAAGAUCCAGAUUGGCGACACCUUUGAAGGCCGCCCCAUCUAUGUGCUGAAGUUCAGUACUGGAGGGACCAACCGCCCAGCAAUCUGGAUUGAUACUGGCAUCCAUUCCAGGGAGUGGGUCACGCAGGCCAGCGGGAUCUGGUUUGCCAAAAAGAUCACUAGCGACUACGGCCAGGACCCAGCCUUCACAGCCAUUCUUGACAACAUGGACAUCUUCCUGGAGAUUGUCACCAACCCCGAUGGUUUCGCCUACACCCACAACACGAACCGCAUGUGGCGCAAGACUCGGUCACGCACACAGGGCUCCCUCUGCGUCGGGGUGGACCCCAACAGGAACUGGGACGCUGGCUUCGGGAAGGCUGGAGCAAGCAGCAACCCCUGCUCAGACACUUACCGCGGCAAGUUUCCCAACUCUGAGGCAGAGGUCAAGGCCAUCGUGGACUUUGUGACGAGCCACGGGAAUAUCAAGGCCUUCAUCUCCAUCCACAGCUACUCCCAGCUCCUUCUCUAUCCCUACGGCUACACGUCAGAACCGGCGCCCGACAAGGAGGAGCUGGAUCAGCUAGCUAAGUCUGCUCUGACAGCCUUGACAUCUCUCUACGGGACCAAGUACAAGUAUGGCAGCAUCAUUGAUACAAUCUAUCAGGCCAGCGGGAGCACUAUUGACUGGACCUACAGCCAGGGCAUCAAGUAUUCGUUCACUUUCGAGCUCCGGGACACCGGGCGCAGGGGCUUCCUGCUGCCCGCUUCCCAGAUUGUCCCCACAGCGGAGGAGACGUGGCUGGCCCUGCUGACCAUCAUGGACCACGCCUUCAGGCACCCCUACUGAAGCAGCCCUAAGCCCCUGCCUCUUCCUUCUCCCAGUCCCAUCUGGGCAACCCAAUAAAGUCUGAUUGUAUAAGAAACAGGA